UCAAGCUUCAAAUAGAAAAAUCAAAAAUGGAACUGCAGAUUCUGGAAGCCGGUCUCAGGGAUUUUGAGCCAGACCCAGAACAGGAACCUUCACUGGCUCAACUCCUAUGGUGCGAAAGGAACCUCAAAAACUCUCUGCAACGAAUCAUGAGCAAAAAAGAAUUAUUGGUAGGCAGCUCCCAGCCUGCACAUGGGCAGUCCACUUUUCAGGUGGGAAUGGAAGAGAAUGGUGGCACAGCCUUUUCACACAACUUCAAUGGGAAGGAACAAAAUUCUUGUGCUAGGAACAUUCUAAUGCAGCUUGAUCCCUGGAUUAGCCCUUACAGCUCCAAGGUUCGAGAGAAAAUAUUGCAAAAUCUGUGCAAGGGAACCAAAGAAAUACUGCCAGUUAAUAAUCAAGUACUAGGCAGCUCCUGCGACUCUUCAUACAAAUUCCCAGUCUCAGAUUUCCCUUCAAACUCCACAAUGGAACCCCAACUCCCAAGUUACACCGCAGUGCAGCAGACCAUGGGGACUAGUCAUACUUUGCCCAUUGUCCUAAAUCAACCAUUGGGAAUGUCAAACAGCACAUCCUUUGAAAUGGUUGGACACAAUCAACCAUCCAUGGCUGAACAAUUUCCAACACAGACACGGUCAUUUGAGUAUUAUGGGAAGAGCAAUCAGGGCAGCAAAGACAAUGCCUCCCAAAUGUUUCAGUACUGUAACUCUAAACCUAUGGAGGUAGAUUGGUUCAAUGGUGCUAAUCAAGACACUUGUCAGAAUUUGAAUGCAUUUGUACAGAGGGUCUCAUCUCCUCCUCCAUAUGAAGAGCCUCUAUUGAGCACCACCCCAAUCACUGGCAACAACAAAACUGAUGGUACCCAAAUGACAAAUGAGACACUCCCACCAGUUCUGGUUCAAGCAGAUACACCGAUGGAAUUUUCAAGAGACUCACACAUACCCAAUGACCCUUCUGUUGUGGGCGCGACAGGAAAUGAAAGACUAUGGACUGAAGGGAGACAAGAGGGCAGCUACCCUUGGGAAUGGGAGGGAUCAGAUGGCUUUUUCUUGCCAGAAAAUUUGAACUUAGAGGAUCUUGACUUUCCAUUUUAACGAGUAUUGCUGCCGAAGUACUACAUCAUCGUCCUAAUAGAUACCACGCCAUCCAUCCAAUAACUAUCUUUCGUCUGUCAUCAUGGGUAUAAUUCAAUAAGCGGAAUUUUCAGUGUUAACUGUUGGUUAGAUGGUGCCAAUUAGGACAAUGACAUGGUACCUCGCUGGUAUUUAGUAUUUUUUUUUUAAUAUUUAGUGGGAUUGGCCUUAGAUAUUGUGCAUUAACUAAUUGAGAACCUUGAACUUCAUAUGGUGCUUAUGCUACUUUCA